UACAUCAGCACAAACAGUAUCCGGGUCAACGGUCGGACAAGAAUGGCGGCCACCAUGGAGACAGCAGCCGGCGUGAGCAAUAUGCUGCAAUUUAUGAAACUCAUCGGUCAGCUAAAAAGGGUCCCGCGGACCGGCUGGGUGUACAGGAACGUGAAGAAACCAGAGAGCGUAUCAGACCACAUGUACCGCAUGGCCAUGAUGUCUCUGACCAUCACUGACCCCACAGUGGACAAGGACAGAUGCAUAAAGCUGGCCCUGGUUCAUGACAUGGCAGAGUGCAUUGUGGGAGAUAUCGCUCCAUCAGACAACAUCAGUAAAGCAGAGAAACACAGGCGAGAAGAGGAAGCGAUGAGACACCUGGCAGGUCUUCUGCCUGGUGGACUCAAACAGGAGAUUUAUGGACUGUGGGAGGAAUAUGAGACUCAGAGCAGUCCAGAGGCCAAGUUGGUGAAACAGUUUGACCUCCUGGAGAUGAUCCUGCAGGCUCAUGAGUACGAGGAGCUGGAGGGAACGCCGGGAAGACUGCAGGAGUUCUUUGACUCCACCAACGGUCGUUUCCACCACCCAGACGUGCUCCAGCUUAUCAGCUCUUUGAAUGAAGAGAGAGGAUGUCACAUGACUAAAACGGACGAAACUAAGAAUUCUGGGAACUCGCAGGCAGCUGGUGCAACAUCUUCACAGCCAAGUACAACUUCACACACCUCCUCCUGACUGCAACCGACACAAAUACCUCCUCAGUGGAGGGACAGAGACGCUGGACUGUAACACAGAAUAUGUGUAUGAGGAUGCACAAACACGUCACAGGAUCAGAAGCUAGUGUGGAAAACUGUAGAUUGGGAGUUUCAACUUCUCCUCAUUUGCUAAACAUGUAAUUUCCCAGGUAAUAUUCACACAUUAUUAUUAUAUAUAUUAUUAGUUACUGUUUAUUAAUGUAUAGAAACUGUUCCAACUUUAUUGUAGAUGUCCAAUCCAUCAAGAAAUACACUGUAUUACAUUUUGACAUAUUAUAUAUAUGUAUAUAUUAUCUGGCAGAUGUUACAUCAUUCAUCUGUCUAUGAAAAUGUAACAAUGGUGCUGCACAGUUAGUAAAUAGUGUUAAUGCAUUUUCUGAUACAGUCUUACUGUACAAUAUACAGAUUUUGUAAAAUAGGUUAUAGAAAUACUGCUGGCAAAUGAGCACUUAAUUAUUUUCAGUAUGUUGCAUAGAACUUCAGUUGCACAUUAUUCCACCUUUACUACUUUACAUUUGGUUGUUUUAUCUGUUUAUUCAACAAGUUCAGUCACAGCUUUCAGUGUUUAUUGUAAAAACAGUCAAUUGUGAUAUUUAGUUUGGUUUAGACGAGUUUUAAUAUCGAUACAUCAACCAUAAAAACUGUUAUUUAUAACGACGUGUAAUUAGUUGUAUGAAUACAGAUGAAUACGUUAAACACAAUGUUAUUUUAUUUCAGUGUCACAGUUUUGCCUUCUGGUGUGUUUUUUGUGAAAAGGUCUUUUCAGUUCAGUUCAAUUGUAUUUCAACCCAACUCAAUAUGCACAUGUAAAAUA